AUGUCUUUGAUGAACAUCAGGUCUUUGGCCUCCGCCAUGACCGAAUGUACAGACACCCCACACCUGAGGCUUUCCGACACAAACCAGAGGCCAGAGAGCACUUCCGCAUCAGACUACAGUGUCAAACCGUCAGACCGUAGCAACGACCAUGUUGGCGAACAACCCUCCGAAGGUAUCUCCAUGGUUGAUAUCGCCCGCAAGCUUCGUUUCGACCCGGAGAAUACUGCUACCGAACUCCCAACUCAACAUAGAGACCAUAAUAGCGGCAGGUUAAGUGAUCCUCAACGCAUCUCUUCAGAUGCCCAAUACCCUGAACUCGAUAUGGAAGGGUUCGAGAUCGGGCACUUCAGCGCUGAUGCCUUCGAGAGCGAGUCAGUAAACUCCGACACUGUCACUCUUCUUCGGCGCCAGAACAGUGUGCCCGCAAUCACGCUGACCCCAGCAUCUGGGUCGCCUCCUAUGAUCGAUACAUUUACGCUCGCUGAAUUGGGCUAUCCAUUCCACUCGAAACUGCAAUCGAUUGUCCCGGGAAAGAUAGAUCGUAUAUCGAGGAGGAGAAAGAAGACGAGACCCAUCCCGCUUUUCAAUCUCGAUAAGAAUCCCGAGCUUCGACACCCUCUGAAGCUUUGCCCUCCGGAUAAGGGCAAUAUACAAGGAUUCUAUCGCGGGGCCCUACAACGAAUGAAAUUGAAGAACUGGGAAUUGAGGCAAUGCGUGGGGAGGUUCGGAAAAGUUCUCACAGGUAUUUCCUCGAAGCUUAACACUCAGGGAGGGGACACGAGCGGGCAGGACGUGCCUGAAAAUAUUAGCCAAGAGAAAUCAGGCGAUAGUAGCCAUGACCUGGUCCUGGUGGCUACCAAGAAAGAGCACAUCUGGAAGAAGAUCAAUGCUAGCUUAGCUCUUAAAGCCCGUGCUAAACGGAACGAGGAGUACAAUGGCGGGAAGGUCACAGGAGAUGUCAUGUAG